GCUCGUGCUCAUCUCAUGCUAACCAGCGUCGUCAGUUCAGGGGCGCGUUCCAGAUCCGAAGCGGAGGGGACAGCUCCCAGGUGCUGAAACUGGUUGGCGCUCCAAAGAGACAGAGAGACAGAGAGGGGGGAAGGAAAUCAACGCCUGCGUUCGAUUCAAAUACAAAAACCGUAUUCUGCAAAACAGGGGCAGAUACAGAUAAAACCGAGGCCUUCAAAACAGAUGGCUGCCACUCAGGAUAUGAAAGGGAAGGGAGAGGGAGGGGACCAAAACUUUGACUACAUGUUUAAACUUCUGAUCAUUGGCAACAGCAGCGUGGGCAAAACUUCUUUCCUGUUUCGCUAUGCAGAUGAUGCCUUCACUUCAGCCUUCGUCAGCACCGUGGGCAUCGACUUCAAAGUGAAGACUGUGUACAAAAAUGAUAAAAGGAUCAAACUGCAGAUCUGGGACACAGCAGGCCAGGAGCGCUACAGGACCAUUACCACUGCCUACUACCGUGGUGCCAUGGGCUUUAUCCUCAUGUAUGACAUAACCAACGAGGAGUCUUUCGGUGCUGUGCAGGACUGGUCGACCCAGAUAAAAACCUAUUCAUGGGAUAAUGCACAGGUGGUGCUGGCUGGGAAUAAAUGUGAUAUGGAAGAAGAGAGAGUGGUCUCGGUGGAUAGUGGCAGACUACUGGCAGAACAGCUGGGCUUUGAGUUUUUUGAAACAAGUGCCAAGGACAACAUCAAUGUGAAGCAGACCUUUGAAAGGCUCGUCGACCUAAUUUGUGACAAGAUGUCUGAGAGUUUGGACACAGAUCCGGCGGUCACCACGGGAGCCCCCACAGCCAAACUCACAGACAGUGCUCCGCCCCUCCAGCAGCCUGGAUGCAAUUGUUAGUGACUGAGGUCAGGAAGCAAAGGGAGGGCAGUGUAGGUCCUCUAAGGCAGUAGAGCGUGCAGAGUUGUGUUCUCCCUCAGCAUUAUCACUCCUGCUAGUGCUGCUUUCUCUGGACUACAGUUCAAACCCUGUUUAGUAGUAGAAUUACAAAAUGCUCUCAUAUUAUCUCUCUACUUUAUCACCUUAUAUUAAGAGCAAAUAACCAGACAAACAGACAUGGCUACUGUAAACCGUGUAACAUUACAUGAUAAUUAAAACACAGAGAAACAAUAUUCUCAUUCUUUGGCUAGUUAGUAUGGUUAUCAACCUAGUAUGUCUGAUAAGGCUGGAAAGAGUCAUACUGUACAGUUAGUCCUGAAGACCUUUAAAAUCUUUAUUACCUAGAAUAAUUAUACAAUGUGUCCAUGAGUAUUUUAAUAAUUCUUUUACUUUUAAAACAGUAGGUUUGAUUUAUUUUUGUUGUUAUCAUCUCCUAAAGCUGCCAAAUCUAUAAUUUUGUGCACUAUAGGAUGUAGCAGCUUUGUUUUGUGUAAUGAGUGUGUGGCUGAACAGUGAGCGAGUGUGGGUUUUACAGGUGUUGAAUGCAGGGGUUGCGGCUGAAUCACAAAUGGGUACAACUUUGUCAUCUAAAAAUCAUCUACCUUGGAUAAAAAAGUGGCCUUUUAGCGUCUUCAACACGGCCUCUGUUAAGUCUCUCUGUCAUGCUUACUUUUGGAUAAAUCCACAAUGUAAAAUGUUGAUGUGAGUACUAUUCUGCAGUUUGCUGUCUGUAGAUGUGUGAUAAAUCUUAAAAUCAACUAUUUCUAUGUGCUUACCCUCUAAGAUGACCCUUUAUAGUUUAAUGCUAUAAGCAUGCUGCCAAAAGGUCAAUCAUAUGUGCUGUUUUAUCUAAAGAUAGGCCUUACCUGAACCUAACCAUCCUCAGCUCUAAGUAAUAGCCACAUUUCAUGAAGUAAAAAUCUCACACUGACUGUACACAGUACAGUGUACGGUACACAAAUCAGCUCUGGCAUGGAAUAAACAGCCAUAUAUAAGAAGUAUAGUUCAAUUUUUUGUGUCAGCAUGCUAAAAUUUCAUGUUUCUGCUAUAAAAGAAGUCCCUCCUAAAAGAUAGGUCUAAGCAAGCUGCUUAGAAAGCAUCACAAACUUUCAAUAGUUUAAACUGGGAAUCAUAUACAGUAGUGGUCUUAAUGAUACUUAAGUCCAUAAUAGUAUAAAAGUUGUAGCUUACUUUAAAAUCCAAAAAGCAGUUCAUAGAAAAGUCCAGCAAUUAACAAAAAAACCGUUUGUGCCAAAACAUUACAAUUUGUUUAGCAUUGUCAGGUGUUUGUUGCAUAGUUGAAUAGAACCUCCAAGAAACUGCAUGAAGUCAGUCCUGACUUGUCUAUGUAGAUUUAUAUAAUAAGAUAAUGUAUAUAUUACUCUAAGCUACAGAUUUAGGUGCAUUAUCAUAGCACUCGCUGUGAAAUGCAAUGGGCCAAUAAGUGCAAUAUUUUAUGAAUUAAACCCUGUACAUAGUUUCUCCUGUCCUCGAGUACAAUGACUAUCUGCAGUAUGUGAGUGACUGUUUAGUCAAAUGGCUCUGAAUGUCUGACUUAGUGUGUGUGCGUGUGUAAGUGUGGAUGUGUGCGUACCUGCCAUGAGGAGACAAAUUACAUAAUAGUGUAAUGUUUGUGUAUACCUUUUGUACAAAUGUACUAACAUACUAUAUGCUGUUCCUGCUAAGUGUUGGAUGUCGAUAAAGCUCGUAUCAUCGUGUCAAAAUGCAGUGUUGUUGUGAAAGGUAGUCAGGGAGAUGACACACUCCAUGCCAUAUGCCAUACUGCUGUAAUUUCCAGAAAAAAUAGACACACAUUAACCAGUUCAAAGAUUCUGCACAUAUGUGUGUACGCGUGCUUUGUGCGUGUGCAUCUGUGUAUGUGUGUGAUAUAAUAAUUUUAUGCUAAUAACCAUGAAAUAAAUUAUUGUAUUGCGCUCAAGCCAAUUUUUAUUUCAAAGUGGAACAAUUAUUAUGGCUCUUCAGAUGCUCAGUUACUCUGGUCAAAUCUCAUUUUAGAACAAAAUCAUUUUAUAUAUGACAGAAAAUAUUUGUUUCUUAGAGUGCGGCCACAGUAUGACGUAUCUUUUUGUGGUUUAGAGGAAAAAUCAGUUCUAACAGCUCAUCUUUGUUGACUGCAUGUAGGAGAGACUUGGCAGCAGCUGUCCUGUAACCCAGACUCGCUGUCUCUGUGGCAUUGCUCUGUUCUGUCUGUGCAAUGCACAUACCUUGUUCCAUUUCUAGGGAAUGUACGCCACCUAGUGUUACAGCAAUAUGUCUGCACUGAGAUCUGAGACCUUGUGGUUGGUGAUGAAUAAACAAUUAUGUUGGCUUAUAUUUUUGGUAAAUCACAUCCACUGGUAUAGUGUAAUUAAGUACUGUACUGUAUUCAAGUAAAAUUUGGAGGUGCUUCUAAU